AAGAGAAGAAGAAGAAAGAGGAGGACCAGACCACUGCUCCCAGAGGCCUCCUCAAACGCUGUGUGGAAACCAGGGAGCGGGGUGAAGAGGAGCUGCGGCAGAGGGAGGCGCAGCAGCUGGACUUCCGCUCGCUGCUUGGACGCCGAGCCGUUCAAGGCAAAAACAUCCAAGAGGGAGACGAGCAGAGGGAGGCCGGCCCCGCCACCGCCACCGCCACCACCGAGCACAACCAGCGCCACCACAUGGAUUUUAAGGCCAACCUCAAGGGUGUCAAACCCAAGAGCGAGGAGAAGGUGAACUCCCCAUCGCAGGUCGACUUCCGCAGCGUGCUGGGGAAGAAGGGCGCCGCAAGCAGCAACAGCAGCAAGGCCGCAGAGACGCCCACGAAGAACGCCGGCGACUUCCGCUCUGUCCUCGCCAACAAGAAGAACCCGACGGGCCCCGAGAAGAACGGGGAGAAGGCGGAGGUGAACAACUGCAUGGAUGGAGGGAUUAAUGAGAAGAAGAGCACCGGAGGAGGAGGAGGUGCGGCGCCGGAGUUUGUAGAGAAGCUGAGCGACAUGACGGUGCUGGAUGGUCAGCGGCUCCGGCUGCAGUGCCGCCUCGCCACCGCUUCUGAUGUCACUGUCACCUGGACGCUGGACGGGAAGGUCAUCAAGGCGUCCAAAUUCAUCAUCCUCGCAAACGAAGGCGGCCUGUGCUCUCUGACCAUAGACAAAGCCCUGCCAGAGGAUGAAGGCCAGUAUAAAUGCAGAGCCGAGAACUCGGCAGGCAAAGCCGAGUGUUCCUGCACGGUUCUGGUAGACGACCCGGCUGAAAACUCUCCGGCCGACAAGAAGUCCAAGAAGGCGACUCCAACCUCAGAGAGUGAAGCCAGAAUAAAGAAGCCAACUCCAAAGACUCCGCCCAAACAAGCUCUGCCUCCUCAGAUCCUGCAGUUCCCUGAGGACAUGAAGAUUCUGGCGGGGGAGAAAGUGGAGAUCCUUUGCAAGUUUUCUGGAGCUCCGCCCAUCACCUGCACCUGGCUGAAGUUCAGGAAACCGAUCCAGGAGGGGUCAGAUGACAUCUCCAUCGAGAGUAACGACAGCAGCAGCAGGCUGACCAUCGGCAGCGGGCAGCAGGAACACUGUGGCUGCUACACCAUCGAGCUGAAGAACAGCUACGGCCUCAGACAGGCCGCCCUCAACCUCACCAUCGUCGAUAAACCCGACCCCCCAGCAAAGGUUCCUGCGGCCUCAGACAUCCGUCGGUCCUGCCUGACGCUGUCGUGGUACGGGCCGACCUACGAUGGAGGUAGCGCCGUGCAGUCCUAUAAACUGGAGAUCUGGGACUCCGUGGAGCAGCAGUGGAAACACCUGGUGUCCUGCAAUAGCACCUCCUACAACGUACAGAACCUCCUCCCAGAUCGGCAGUACAAGUUUCGUGUCCGGGCAGAGAACAUCUAUGGAGUCGGAGAGCCGAGCGCCGAAUCCGAACCUGUGACUGUCGGACUGGUGGACACUGAUGAAAACCAAGAGGAGCCAGAGGAGGAGGAUGAAGACUCAGAGAAAGAGCCGGAGUACAGAGAUGUGACCAUCAGAACAGACAUAAAGGUGAAGGACCUGUACGACGUGGAGGAGAGGCUGGGAACGGGGAAGUUCGGUCAGGUCUUCAAGCUGGUGGAGAAGUCUACAAAGAAGGUUUGGGCCGGAAAGUUCAUCAAAGCCUACUCUGCAAAGGAGAAGGACAACGUCCGGCAGGAGAUCGGCAUCAUGAACAGCCUCCAUCACCCCAAACUGGUCCAGUGUGUCGACGCCUUCGAGGGCAAGUCCGACAUCGUCAUGGUGCUGGAGAUGAUCUCAGGCGGGGAGCUGUUUGAGCGGAUCAUCGAUGAAGACUUUGAGCUGACGGAGAGAGAGGUGAUCAAAUACAUGCUGCAGAUCAUUGAUGGGGUCAACUUCAUCCACAAACAGGGCAUCGUGCACCUCGACCUCAAACCAGAGAACAUCAUGUGCAUCAACAAGACUGGCAGCAAAAUCAAACUCAUUGACUUCGGCCUCGCCAGACGGCUAGAAAACGCAGGAACUCUGAAGGUUUUGUUCGGGACUCCAGAGUUUGUGGCUCCAGAGGUCAUCAACUACGAACCCAUCAGCUAUCCCACCGACAUGUGGAGCAUAGGAGUCAUCUGUUAUAUACUGCUGAGCGGUCUGUCUCCCUUUAUGGGCGACAAUGACAACGAGACUCUGUCCAAUGUGACCUCAGCCACCUGGGACUUUGAGGACGAAGCCUUCGAUGAAAUUUCUGACAAUGCCAAAGACUUCAUUACCAAACUGCUGAAAAAAGACAUGAAGGCUCGGCUGUCCUGCGCGCAGUGUUUUGAACACCCCUGGCUGAAACAGGACACGAACACCAUGAAGGCCAAGAAGCUCUCCAAGGAGAGGAUGAAGAAGUACAUCCUGAGGAGGAAGUGGCAGAAAACGGGUCACGCUGUUCGAGCCAUCGGCAGAUUGUCAUCCAUGGCCAUGAUGGCUGGAGUCAGCGCCAAGAAAGGCUCCCCCACUGAAGAGGAUAACCAGUUCCUGGAGUGUUUAGAGUACGAGCAGAAAACCGAGUGUAAGCCGACGUUCAGCACUGUCAUCAAAGACGUGGAGGUGGUGGAGGGCAGCGCUGCUCGCUUUGACUGCAAGAUAGAAGGUUAUCCUGAUCCAGAGGUGGUGUGGUACAAAGACGACCAGCCCAUCAAAGAGACCCGACACUUCCAGAUCGACUACGAUGAGGAAGGAAACUGCAGCCUAGUCAUUUCAGAGGUCUCAGGAGACGAUGAUGCCAAGUACACAGUGAAGGCCGUUAACAGUCUGGGGGAGGCGACCUGCACAGCUGAGCUGCUGGUGGAGGUGAUGGCUGGAGAGGAGGAGGAGGAAGAAGAGGAGGAGUAAUGGAGCGGCUGUCUGGACUCCCACAGGGAGAGGAGGAGGCAACAAUGAGCAACAAUCUCUCCCACUCAACCUGUUGGACCUGAGCAGGAAACUUACCCACAGAGAAGGUUCUGAUUGGAGGACAGGUGGGGAAUAUUUGCCACACCUGUCCUCACAUGCAGAAGGUUUCGCGUUUGGUUUUUAGUGAGCAGGGCAGCACUUAGGUUUGAAGCACUGAGCAUGUGCAGAGCUGCAGCCAGGUUAGAUUUUUAAUGAGGCUUUGUUGUGUUUCUGUUUUUUUAGUAAUGAGUUGUGAUCUUAACGUUUCAGCCUCCUGGGAUCAUUGGAGUAAAUGGAUGAAGUGAUUUAAUGUCCUGAGCGUUAAAAAUAUCUAACGCUAAAUAAUCAGCGUGGUUCUUACGCUGCACGUGUUUCUGAUGUCACAUUAUAUAUUUUUAUCGGGCUCAGGAUGUUAAAUCUGUGUGGGUGUGGCUUAUUGAUCCGUGUGGGGAACCAUAUACGAACUUUGUGGUAAACACUCACUGAAUGUUGAUACUUUUCAAACUGCCCACUUCAGCCUCGCACCACAUUGUGCUAAACCACACCUCCUUCAGACAGGCAGAACACAGGCUCCGCCCUCUCAGCAUACAUGGACUCAUGCCUGUGAUUUCCUGUCUGCUCUGAGAAAUGAUUUAUGUUUGAUGAUUGCCCCACACACACACACACACACACAGUGGUGGUUUCUUGCUGUUCGACAGGCAGAAACAUGAUGCUCGCUGCCACACAGCAGCUGUGUCACUGCAACACUCUGCCAGUGACGUUUGCUACAAUUAUUCACAGUUUCCUAAAUAAUUUGUGAGAAUACGGCCAGAAAGCCUGGACUGUGUUUCAGCUCUGUUUGACACAAACGUCGACCAAGAGUGCGUUCUAAUCCCCGUCCUUAUAAACACGCGUAUAUUUUAAAGACUCGUGGCAGCUCUAGUUCCUGCAGCUGAAGUCAACCAUGAGGUCGUGCAUGUGAGACCCACUCCCUGUGGGAGUCCAAGGGAGGGAGAAGAUGAGGCAGUUGGUGGAGAGCAGGAAGGCGGAGAUGAGCCGAAUACUCACAGAGCUGCACCACAGUGGAGGGCGAACUGUGAAUAAAAGCUGCUGGUGCAUGACAGCUGAAGGAAGAAGUCAUUUAUCGUGUUGGUGCUGAAGCUGAAGCCAAAAUGAUACUGAUCAAUCAUCCGUGUUAAAGAGGACCUCCUCGGUUUUUCCUGCCACCGACGCGCUGUCAGGGUUUGUGACCAGCAGGCGUGUAAAAACACUUCAGCGUGCUCUGGUUCACAAACCAAUGUCCUUUUUUUCUGCCGCCACACUGAGCUGAUCUCAUCACUCAUUUCAAUACACAGCUGCCCCUCUGCAGGCUUCCAGACGUUAGCCAAUCAGAAGUGCUUUUAGGGAGGGAGGCCUUAAAGAAACAGCAGGUGACAGAGCUGCGCCGCAGCCCAGUGUAAGCUAAAGAAGGAUUAUUAUGAACUGUGAGUCUUGCAGAUCAUACAGAGCUGGGAACGAGUAGAAAAGGUCCACUUUUUCAUACUUAAUCGGAGCUCAGUAAACACUUUGCCCCACGGGAUUUCUGGGUAAUGAAGUCCUUCAGUCGUGUCAUUAGAUGCCUCUGACGUGAGCAGCUCUGUGAGUAAGAGGCUGGGGAUGCCGAUGCGUUCAGCUGGGAAACGCUGAAUCUGUCAGCUCGGCUCUUUUCUUCUGUUUGAGCACUUUUCUUUCUUUUCUUUCUUUUCUAUUUGCGACUUUGACAGCCGGCUUCAACAAAAGACAUCCGGGGGCUCAAAUCGACUCGGCCUUACGCUGUGAGCCUCAGAGCCUCGUCACUCUGAACAGCAGCCAGAGUGAUUUUUUUAUCUGCUGACGUCUGUCAUACCGAGGGACAAAACCUGCUGCGAGCUUCGGCGAGCUGAGAGGAUUUUACCUCGGUGUCGACCAAUGAAAGCAACAUUUAGUCCCACAGAUGAGAGAAGAUCGAACCAUAAGUUCAACCGUAAUCUGAUUUUUUACAAUUUAAUAUUUGAGCCUUUUUUCAUGAGCUGCAGAUAUAAUCGUACUUAUCUCACUAUGUCACAAUAAAACAUUUUAUCCUGUAAAUGUUCAUAUUUUUGCCUGAAUGCAGGAUUUUGGACCAGAUGCAUCUCCACGCAUUGUAAGCUCAGCCAAAAUGAGAUUAUAUAAAUAUUUCUACAAAUUUGUUGUUUCCAUCUGCGACAGUUAAAGAUCUCUACACUCAUAAAGUAUUCUGAUUAGUAACAUAAUGAAAGAGUCUACAUCAGAGACGCCUUAAAGAUGGAAAUAUCUUUCCGACCUGCCGAGGCUUGAUUGUGCAGCACAGUCCUGACAGCAGCCAGCAGAUAAACGCGCGUGAGCACGCGGCGCCGUCUCCGGCUGAUCUUCGUGCCUCUGCGUCAAAGUCGUGACUUUUGUUGCACAUUCCAGCUGUUUGCUUGUUGGUGAAUCCACUUCUUUAAGCUUUACGGCCUCGUUAAGUUUCAGUCUGAAACCAAAGACGUGUUUUGAAAAGUCACCGGUGUGUUUGUGUGUGAUUUUGUCUCGAUGAUGUUUUGACCUGUUCGUGUGUUUGGUGGUUUGUUUCCAGAAUGUUUUAUUUUUAGAUUAUUUAAUGCACAGAUUUGUUAUUAUUAUCUUUCGAGCAUCUGUCUUCUUAAAGGUGUCGCCUGCACUUAAUGUUGUUCACGGUUAUUAAACCCUCCUCACCUCAGACCAGCAGUGACUUCACUCUUAGGCUGUUUGUUUUUGUAUUAGAUGUAUGUAGAUUAUAUUUCUCUAAUUUUUAUAAAUAUAUAUCAGUUUGAUGAACUGCAGAUGACAUGUAUGAGAACACUACGACUGUAGUUACUCACAGAUACCAAAUAAAUCUUUAUCACAAAA